AUGCCUCCAAAGGGGCAGAAGCGUGUUUCGUUUGCCUCUCCUCCGGGAGAAGGGUCUUCCCCCGCCCCCGUGAGUCUCUCCUUCUCAAAAUCCUGGCGGGAGCCCUGCGGCCCCAAGAAGCCCAAGAAUUCCGUGAAGCCUUCGGGUAGGCACCCUCGCAAGAGGGACAAGGUGGCCGCCGCCAUGCGACUGACCAGGGGGGGCGCCGCCGAGCGCAACCAGAGAGAAGGAGAAGCCCGCCGCGCCGCCGACGGGGACCUCCUGGCCCGUGCCGCCGAGCUGUCUUCGGGCAGCGAGUUGUCCCCUGAGCCCGAGGGGCUGUUUACUUCGUCCACAACUUCUACCGGUACAUCCGAGCCUGCAGGGGAGGGAGCAUCCUCGCAAGGAGGCAGACCUUGCAUAUUCCCGAACGCACCGUCCAAGGGUUUGAAUGCCCAGCUCUUGAUUGACGAAGCCCAGACCAACGAGAUACUACGCGCGUUCCAAUAUAGCCACUUUAACGGCCCCAGUGGAUGCGAUAGUCCAUAUUAA